AUGGGAAUUCCUAAGCUUCUUGGUGUGUUUCUAGUAAUGGAAAUGAUGAGUGGCUUCAGAUCUGGAGCACAUGGUUUGAGUAUGGAAUAUUACAUUAUGAGCUGCCCGAUGGCUGAAUUUAUCGUGAGAAAUUCAGUCAUCAGAGCCUUGCAAGCUGAUCCAACCUUAGCAGCAGGCCUAAUCAGAAUGCAUUUCCAUGACUGCUUCAUAGAGGGAUGUGAUGCGUCAAUUCUCCUAGAUUCAACAAAAGACAACACAGCAGAGAAGGACUCCCCUGCAAAUUUGAGCCUUAGAGGCUAUGAAGUUAUUGAUGCUGCAAAAGAGGAGCUUGAAAAACAAUGCCCUGGCGUUGUCUCAUGCGCUGAUAUAGUUGCAAUGGCUUCUACAUAUGCAGUUUUUGAGGCUGGAGGUCCAGUAUAUGACAUACCCAAAGGAAGAAAGGACGGAAGUAGGUCUAAAAUACAAGACACGAUCAACCUGCCUCCACCCACCUUGAAUGCCUCUGAACUCAUUAAAAUGUUCGGGCAACAUGGUUUUACUGCCCAAGAAAUGGUGGCUCUAUCUGGUGCACAUACACUAGGUGUAGCCAGGUGCUCUUCAUUCAAAAACCGAUUGCGUGAUGCUGUGGAUCCAAACUUAGAUUCAGGGUUUGCAAAGCAACUGACCAAAAUCUGCAGUGCCGGGGACAAUACCGAGCAGCCCUUCGACGCGACGAGAAACCAUUUCGAUAACCUUUACUUCAAUGCACUGCAGCGGAACACCGGACUGCUGGCUUCUGACCAAACUCUGUUUGCAUCUGCAAGAACCAGAAACAUUGUAAAUGGUUAUGCCUUCAACCAAGCCAUGUUCUUCUUUGAUUUUCAACAGGCAAUGGUGAAAAUGAGCACGCUGGAUGUUAAGGAAGGUUUCAAAGGAGAAGUGCGACAAAACUGCCGCAAAAUCAAUUAA